AAAUGGACGCCGUAGUCAAAGCAGGACGUUUGUGUAGUUUUUUAAGUCAGAUAUAAAAAAUCUGACGCAAAUCGUGCAAAAUAUAACUAUAUAAACUGCUUUUCAGUGACUAUACUUUUAAUAAAUAAAAUUUUCCUAUAAGUGUUCAUAAAUUUAUUUAAACCGCCAUUUGUUCCUGGGGCUUUCAAGUGAAACCAAUGAUCUGGAUGGUCAAUCAAAAAUUUGUAGGAAAAAGUUACAUAUAUUAUUUUCAUCGGUUUAAAAUAAAUUCAACGUUUAAAUAACAGGACGAUUGAAACUUUAUAAUUUAAGUUCAAAGUGAUGUGUUUGCGAUAUCAUUUAAUCUCCAAAUACAACAGACUAUUCUAUUAAUUAGACGAACAUGUCAAAUCCAUAUUCUUCAACUAACACGAAUUCAACAACCGGUCAUACACGACAAGUCUCCCAACAGAACAAUUUAUAUACAUCAACUAAUACAAUUCCUGCUUCUGUCGUUACAAAUGCAUUCUUAAACACAAGCAUGCAUAACACUGGAACUGUACCCAAAGAAAAGCAGAUUAAAAAUAUCCGGAAUGUGCAAACUCGAAAACCUCCUCCUACAAUUGACACAUUUUGGCCAUGUAUUUUGUCUGAUGUCCGCGGUAUUCAACAAGUCGAUGCUAAACAUCAAGCUCUACCACUUGCACGUAUAAAAAAAAUUAUGAAACUAGAUGAGAACGCCAAAAUGAUUGCUGCAGAAGCACCUUUGUUAUUUGCGAAAGCUUGUGAAUACUUUAUUCAAGAGCUAACAAUGCGAGCAUGGAUUCAUACUGAAGAAAGUAAGCGGCGUACUUUGCAAAGAUCUGACAUUGCACAAGCGAUAGCUAAUUAUGACCAAUUUGACUUUCUAAUCGAUAUUGUACCUCGGGAGGAUAUAAAACCUAGUACGGGAAAUCAGAAAAAAGAAACGCAUCUGCCAAGUUCCACUAGCGGUAGCACAGCUACAAACGUUACAACGGCCAAUAGUGCGGUUAAAACGGAGCACGAAACAAUAAACUAUAAUACAGUUACACCAGAAACAUUACCGACUGGACCAAACCAGCAACCGCAAUUACAAAUAUUACAACAUCCAUCGUCGCAACCACAACCUAUGCAAUAUUUUAUUACAAUUCCAGGGCAACAAUCGGGACAAUCACAAUUAGUACAGCAAUUACAAUUGCAACAAUUACAAAACUCUGCAUCGCCACAGUUAACUGGACUUAACUUGGUAACUCAGCAACCACAACAAUUAAUACUUACAGCUGGACCUAAUGGUCAACUUACAGCCACACCAGCAACAACAGCAGCUAUACAACAGCAGCAACAAUCGGCGUUGCUACAGAAUUUAGCUCAACAACAACAGCAUAUUCAACUUCUUCAGCAAGUUGUUACCCCAACAGGCGAAUUAACAAAUGUACCUAUAACCAUUAAUGCAAAUCAAUUGAAUUUAUUGCGUCUGCAAAUGCAACAACAACAACAGCCACAACAGCAACAAAUUAUUUUGCCAACACAAUUACUUUCCACUCCACAGCUGUUACAGUUGCAAAAUUCUGCAAAUACAACAAAUACAAACAACAACACUUCGUCACAUGCAUUUCAAUUACAACACAAUCAGCAACAAAGUUCUGGAGGUACAAGUAUAUAUCUAAAUAAUCCCCAAACAACUCAAACAGUGUCCGCACAUCAAACAAACACAACAUUAAGUACAGAUCGCAACUUGGGUUCCUCAUUUCGAACUAAUUGCUAACCUUCGGUGUAUCAGUACAACACACCAUUGGCCACUUUAUUGUAACAAAAAAGAACCUGUUUCUUUGGCUAUACUCUAAAUAUACCGAUAUAAACAUAUCGUCAGUAAUACCUCAUUUAUGAUGUUUGUUUUAUGUAACCUAUUUAUUUGAUAUAUAAAUUUUGUGUUAUCAAAAAUAUAUAAAAAUGAUUUAAUAUUCA